CACACACUAACUACUCCGUACACUGGCUCAAGGUGGAGGGGACAAAUACCGAUAAUAAAGCCCCAAUGCCUACUUCACAACCCAUUCAUCUCAAGGAAAGAGUCAGUCCAUCAUAAACAGCCACAAAGACGAAUACCCAGUCAAAUUCAACAACUUCCUAUACCACGUUAUCCUCCCUAUGUCCAUGACCGCCGAGCAAGUGACCGACAUAAAAUACUAUGAAAACUGGGAACAAAACUGAGGAGCGAUGCUGGAUCGGUUGGAGUUAUAGGCUUGUGGCUGUGGGCGAGAACAGAGUAUGUCGAUUCACAGUCCAAGCAAUCCUUACGCAACUAGCGGUGGAGAGCCUGCUGAGAUUGUUCAAGGCCUGCGAGCUACCAAGUGUACGCGGCUUUGGUCCUUGCGAGCGCUGUGGCCGCCGUCUCUGCGCAGGUCAUCGUCGCCCGCCCUUUCAUAUAUGCGAGGAUACAAACAAGCCCAUUCCAGGUGACAAAUUCGAAAUCAACGAAGAGGCUCUCUGCGCGGGUGCAUCGGACCUAAACGGUGGUCACAGUUGCGAGAUCGACUACCCAGAUGCAUGGGGACGCGAAUCUCUCAUGAGAGGCGCCCACUACCAUACUCGCACUCGAUUUCCUGGUGAUGUGUCUUCUUUGCUCAUCCGCGUGCCUCGAAUGAACAGCAGUAUCCCCUAAUCACUAAUAGACUACCUCACUUGCAGCGAGUAUGUUGAGCUCAGAAUCUUUGGGGAAAAAAAACUAAACUACCUGCCCCCGAGAUGUUUGGUUGUGAUAUUGCCAAUUAUAAGGAUAAUAUAGUAAGACUCCAGCGUCAUUCACUCAUCAAGGCCGG